AUUAGUCUAUCUUUCAUCCAAGGGCGAUAUUCACUUAAGCACUAUUCACAAUCAUAAAAGAGUAUAUUAAAGAAUCAGAUUUAAGCGAAAUAAGAUGAUGCGCCGUUUUCAGUUUCCUGUUGCGAAGCAACUACUCAAAUGGGCUCUUCCUACAGCAUCAUGCCGAAUGUAUGCACCUGAUAAAGGUCCCUCAGAUAAUGAGGAGUUUGAGUUCUUCGACGACGACCUUUCGUUUCUUGACGAACUCUGUAGUGAAGAAACAGGCGAUUUGGCUUCAUUUAUUCCUGAUGAAGACGCUAAACUUUUGGACCAGGAGAACAAAUAGUAUCGUGAUGGGGGGAAAAGAAAAGAUGAAAAAAAUGAGAAAUACUAAAAGGUUAGCGCUUGAGUAACACUAAAUGAAAAUCCUUUUCAUUGAUAAAAGACACACUUAUGCAUAGCCGCGUUCUUAACGAAAUUAAAAA